AUGGCUUACGUCCCUCCCCACAAGCGCCACUCGAGCACCUCCGAGCCCGCCCCAAUCCCUUCCCCGCCCACUUCCUCCCUCCAUUCCCUCUCCAUCUCCUCCCCUCGCGGGCGUCACCACGUUCCCCCGUCCAACAAGAUCAUCCACGCCGCAGACUGCGUCUCCCGUUGGUCCCCGCUCCCGCCCUUCUCCGACGACGCUGAAUCUGUCCGCCUCGAGACCUUCCCCUGCUACACCGUCGAGCGCAUGUCCGGCGCCAAGCCCCUCGUCCUUGCCCUCUCCUCCCCAUCCUCCAGCUCCACGGAGGCCGGGGCCGCGGCCGCCGCCAUCACCGAGAGAUUCUUGCCGGACCUCCUAGACGCGGUGGAGAGGGCGAGGGCGAGGACGCACGAUGUGCCGAGGGAUGACGAGGAGGCAAAACUCUGUCUGGUGGCAAGGGUGGGCAAGGUCCUGUUCCAACGUUUUUGUGUUGAUGGAUCGCUCGUCUCCCUGGACGCUGUCCGCGACCUCGCAGAGGCAGGGGCAGAAGGAUCCAAUAGCCAGGUCCGUAAAACGUUCUAUACGAAUGUGCCCAGUGAUUUCUUGGAUGAUAUGGAGCGAUUCGCUGUGAAGACGAUGGGCCUAGAGUUCGUUUCAACAAAAGAGCACUACCAUGUCAAGGUGGUCGACAGGCAGGGAAUGGUUUCCAAGAUGUCUUGCAAAUGCACUGUGCAAGAAGAUGGGAAGCUUGCAAUCUGCAAGGUGUGCUUACCAUGCUGUCCUUUCCUGUACAUUUGA